UGGAGGGAUGGAGCCGCCCAGAGAGACGGCCAAGGUUGCCAACGCGGCUGUUAACCACGGCGGGCGGGUCCAUUCCCUUUACGUGGCCCCCAUACUGCAGCGGGGCCCCCACACCAACCUGGAAACCGUGCACUCCCGAGCGUCGUUUUCCUCGGCCCGUAACUCCCCAGAGCAUGGCAAGAGCGCGGCCCUGCCCAAGGACCAGGCCAAGGAGGGCGCGGCACACCGGCUGCUGAACAUGCUGAGAAAAACGCUUAAAGGGUCUGAAAGUAAAGAAGUGGAAGUAACACCUGAGGCACCGACAACUUUAGUGCCGUUUGGGGAUGUGGUUGGCUGCCUGGCUAUUCAUGUAAAGAACUGCAGACAGUUUACAACUAAGAUUGAUUUACAACAUUACAAUAAUUUGUUCGUCCGCAUCUCUAUAAACAAUGUUGUGAAAUCUACAAAAAUGUGUAGCUUUCUACCCCAAAACAAUGAAAAGAACACUAUAAUUAAGUUUAACGAAGUGAAGUAUUUUUCUGUACAGGUUCCCAGACGUCAAGAUGAUGAGCGGAAUAAUAUUUACUUGGAACUAAUGCAAUAUGACAAUACAGAAAAAUACCCUGUCUUGUUAGGGAGUGUUCAGGCCCACCUUUAUGAAGUAAUUCAGAAAGGAUGCUUUACUCAAGAAUUUCAAAUGUUGAAUAGAAACACAUUUAUCUGCAGGAUGGAGGUGGAAUUUAUAUUCUCCUAUGGGAACUUUGGUUAUGGAUUUUCACAUCAGUUAAAACCUCUUCAGAAAGUUAUUGAGCCAUCCAUGUUUAUGAAUAUUGCACCACCUCCUGAAAGAACAGACCCUUUAACAAAUGUUAUUCUACCACAGCCAGUGGAAUAUCCAGCAUUCUUAUCCCCAGACCUGAAUGUUACUGUUGGGAAGCCAACUACAGUGCCUCCAUCCAACCAGCCAUCUGUAGUGCGACUUGAAAAGCUUCAGCAACAGCCUCGGGAAAGGCUGGAAAAAAUGAAAAAAGAAUAUAGAAAUCUGAGUACAUGGAUAGAAAAAGCCAGCUAUAUAGAAGGAGUUCUUACCCCAAAAUUGGAAAGUAAAGAACCUAAGGUAAUUAACAUAAUUAAUACAUAACAUAAUACAUUCUCCUCUCAUCUUGAAGAGAAGCCUGAAGAUAUUGUAACGUCAGAUGUCCCUCUUAUAAAGGAGAAAGCUGAAACUAUUCCAAGUGAGUUACUGGAUAAUGAUAAUAAGAAAGGCCUGACGCUACCAACUUUGAACCAACCGGAGCAUGAUAAUUCAAAUGCCGUUGCUCCUGAAAGUGAUGAACCAACAAAGCAAACAAAUACUCCAUUGUUCAUUAUUCCUUUCGUAACAAUAACAGAUGAGGACAAAGUACGAACCUUAGGGGAACACCAGUCAGAAGCUGUGCCAGAUGGAACAAGGAAAAAUGUGUUCCGUCCACCAGAAGUAACAUUGAAAGCUAGAUAUCCAGGCCUUUUAAGAACAGACUCAUCACCAUCAGAGGUGGCUUUUUCACCAGAAGAAUACAUUUCACCAUCUUUCAGGCCAGAAUAUAGAGAAUUCAAACCAAAGUAUCAGUUCCAGAAAUUCAACAUCAAGAACAGUUUUGAUCCUUUUCUAAGGAAUAUAAAUGACAAAAUGUCAGUCAGAAAAAAGAAAGACGGAGACACGUACAAAUGUGGAAGCAUUUUAAGUGCAGAGGUUAUAGAGCAUGAAGACCAAGAUCCUCCUUACCCAACACAGUCAAAGACUGCCAGACCCACUAAUAAAACCUGGCCGCAAGAUCUCGAUAUCACCGUAAAGCCUUUAGACACUAAGAAAAAGUUAGCCCAUGAUCCUGGUAUCAGCACAGUCAAGACUUUGGAUGCUAAGAAUAAGUUAAAGAAAAGACUGCAAAAUCUAUCUUUACCAAACUUUGAAGGAGAAUCGUCAGUGACUGGAAAUGGAAAUACACAUCUCUUCUCAAAAUCAUUAAGUUUUCCUUCCCACAUAGAAAAUUUGAAACAAUCAAUGGUGCUCAAGUCAAUUUUAAGUAAAAAUCUGCAAGAUCUUUCAGAUAAAUUAUUUUCUAAGACAGAAGUUCCUAUGGACACUGAAGCAAGAAAGAAAAAUCAUGGUUCUUCACUUCUAAGUGUUCAUGCUGAACCACCAAGUAGUUUGGAAGACAAAGUAUUCGAAAAAAUUCAAGAUUUAAAUAGCUGGCUUUCAGAAGGAACCAUUUUAAACUCAAAGACUCUUUUAAGUCAAAUAAUUAAAGAUGUUCCUGCAGAUUCACUGUCAGAAGGUGCACCAGGGAGUUCUUCAGAGGUAGAAAAGAGAUUUGUCUCUGAGACACACUUAGAGACUGGUGAGACAGAUUUUACAAUUAAAAAGAAGCAUAGUUUCAAAAAGAAACAUUUAAAAAGUGAAGGAUCCAGCUCAAAACCAAGUCUAAAUUCCAUUGUGCAUGAUUAUCUUAUAACGCAAAUAUUCACUGCCCCCGUCCUCUCAGAUUUGGAGAUUGGAGUGCAAGAAUCGAGUGGAACACAGAUGAACUUGUGGACUCAGUUGCCCACAGCCUGGGAGAGUGUCUCUUCAAAUAGUCUAGUUCACUAUGAAGACAAUGAUGAUGAAAUAGAAUUGCCACAGGCUAAAUCUGUUAUAAGCCAGAUAAUACAGUCAUUUCCUAUAGAUACUCUGUUAGAAUCUGGGAUAAUCAAAGUGAUCGAAUUAGGUGAAGAAAACCAGAAGAGUUCUUUGCUGGAUACAGAGACAGUCUUUGCUGAAGAAAAGCCAAAAGAUUCCACAGAAGAUUACUCAGAAAUCAAAGGCAAAUCAGAAUCUCUUUCAGGGCCGAAUAUACCCACCAUUCCCAAAGAAAUUACUUCUUUUUUUAAUAAAAGAGUUGAAUUGAUAGAUGAAGGCCAAAAUAUAUCCCAACAAGAUUCAAAAUAUCAGUCAACACCAGAUAAAAAAACAGAUUUGCCAAGUAAUGGUCAGAGGCUUAAUAGAGAAGAAAAUUAUCUAAGUUCUACUUCAGAAAAUUUAAGUAACUCAUUAAUGGGCAAACUUAAUGAGUCAGAUGUAAUAAUGUUAAAAUCCUUUGUAAAAAACAUGUUUAAUGUUUUUUUCAAAUAUAGUCAGUCUGAAAGAAGACAACCAGAAAAAGAAUUAGAAAGACUAAUUCAACAUCCUUUUCCAAAUAAAACAAACAACCUUGAAGAAAUCAGACAGAAUUUUGAUGAAGCAGACAAAUUAGACAGAAAACCUAUUUUGAGUCCAAAGCUGCGUGUAUUUUUAGAAGAACUCUCAGAGUCAGAAAUAAAAAAUUUAAAAUCUGAAUUAAGUAAACAUAUCCAGCAUUACCUUGUAGAAAGACUUUCAGAAUCAGGACAUAUCACCAAAGAGGACUUACCAACAAUCUAUCAAAAUCUGUAUUUGAUGAAUGAGAAAGCACAACCAAAAGGGCAAAAUAUCUUUCUGGAGAAAUAUUCAGAAACUGUAAAAGAAAUCCUGUCUUUUGUAAAUAAUUUUAAUCGUCAUUUCAUAGAUAAACAUUUGGAAAUAAAGCUAAGAUCUUUUUUAAAUGAAAUUCUCCAAAACUAUUUCCUAAAAAACCUUUCACAAAACAGUUUAUUUAAAGACACAGAGUCUGAGCCUGUACACUCAAACAUAUCUUCUCGAAGAAAUAAAAGUGCCUCAAUAUCUUUUCCUGAGUCAGGACAAGAUAUUUCUAGGGGGAGUUUUGGUAGAAGACUUGAAAUGAACAUGAAAUAUCCUUUAAAUCAGUCUCUACAAAACUAUCUUAUAGCUUUAUCAGAAAAUGAAAUAUUAAAUCUAAAAGCUGAUUUAAGCAAACACCUCCAGAGGCUUUUUAUAGACAAACUUUCAAAAGCAGGACUAAUCACAAAAAGGCAAUUAGAGGGGAUCAACCAGGAUAUAAAUUUGAUUAAUUCUAGUUCCACACCAUUAAAAUGUAUAAAGCCAGGUUUAUCUUUUAGAGGUGAAAAUCAAUUUAUGGAGGAGCAUUCAGAAAAGCAAAAGAAACAUUCAAAAAUUGUUCAAAAAACCGCUUUGCAAAAGGUUCCUGAGGAUAAACUUGUAGAAACAAAACUGACAAGAAAGGAAGGGAAGGAAUAUUUUUCCUUACAGAAUAUUAAAGAAAAUCCAUCAAUAAUUAGGGAACGGAAAAGAUAUUAUCCUAAAGAAGGAACUAAAACACUGAGUUUAAUUAAAGCACAACCUUCUUCCAAUAAAAAUACCCAGGAGAUUCCAUUAAAUAAGUCAUCAGAAAGACUUUCAGGUUUAGUGCUUAAGAAACAAAGGAAAGAAUAUGGUUUCAUGCAGCUUCCUCGAGGAGAAAACUUUGAUUUUAAAACAGAGAUUCAAGACCCACAGGGUUGGAGCAGUAAAUCAAAAAUACCUCAAUCAAAUGCUUGCUCUGAAAGGACACUAAAAACGAAGUCCCUUGAAAAAAAGGGUCACAACAACAUCCAUAAAUUGUUGGUACAGGAAAAACCUGAAGCAGUGCUGUCACCAUUUCCAGGAAUUCCUAAUUGCAAAAUGCCAAAUGACGACAAAGAAUAUGUGAACAAAGUCACUAUUCCGUCCACGCAGAACACUUCAACGCAUUUCACUUCCAACGCUGGGGAGAAACUGAAAUUAGGAGACCAGUAUUGUCAGAGAUUGAAAGGAAAUAAUAACAAUAACAAAAAACAACAUUUAGUAACAUUUGCACAUUACAAAAAAGAAAUACAAACUCUUUAUAUAAAACCAAAUGAAAUUUGCGAUGAAAAAUGUGUCAAGAUCCCUGAAUCACAAUCAUUUAAAUAUAAAGUUGUGGAAGCUGAGAAAAACUCAAAACCAGCCCUCUUCCCGCAAGUAUUAGAGAGAGAAGUUCUAAAGCCCAAGGUCCGAAAAGAAAGAGACCAUGUCAGCAAACCAGAGAAGUCAUUUAGCAAGAUAGUUAGGACCCUGCCAGCCACACUGCCCGCCCCAAGUGUUCUAAGGAAGUCUGUGCCGAGGACGUUGCUGCACUGGAAGGCAAGAAGAACCGUACAUGAUUGUUUGGAUAGAUUUGAGGAUUCACCUGUGACCUCUUUCAAGCAUCUUGUAAAAGGCAAAUCAAGAGUAAGGCUUAUAGGGAAGAACCCUGGUGACAUCCAGGUACCAGAUCCGGUAAAAUACUCAGCGAGACCGUACACAGCGCCUGACGGUCACCAGCGUCGAGAGGGCAACGCUGGGAAGUUCACGAGUCCUCGGAUGGUUUCAGCAGGCUUACUUCAUGUAAAUGAUACAAUCUCAGAUUAUGAAAUCCAUAAGAUGCGGCAAAAGAAAAAAUUAAAAGAUAAUAUUGAAAAACAUUCGCUCAUUUGUGAUAUUAUCCAAAUGUUAACAGUUCAGAAUGAUACGUGAGGCCAACAGUCAGAAUAUCAUCUCUCCAGUUAGCAAAAUGGUGUGGAGAUCUGUCCUUUUGUGUGACAGAAGUCAGCAACUAAAUU